UGUUUGCAAAUCACAGCUGAUUAUGCACAAGAGGAUCCACAUUGGAAAAAAUCCAUACAAGUGCUACCAAUGUGACAAAAGCUUUGGUCAGAAUAGCUCCCUUGUGGUUUAUAGAAGGACCCCCACAGGACAGAUGCCCUACAAGUGCUCCCAAUGUGGUAAAUGCUUUAGCAAGCAUGGCAACUUGGUGAUACAUCAGAGGACUCACACCAGGGAGAAACCAUAUGAGUGUCCAGUUUGUGGGAAAAGUUUCAUUGCAAAUUCCCACCUGGUGAUACACCAGAGGACUCACAAAGGAGAGAAAUCUUUCAGAUGUCCUGAUUGUGGGAAAAGUUUCAGUAACAAUUCCAGUCUGGUGACACACCAGAGGAUUCACACAGGAGAGAAACCCUUUCAGUGUCAUGAUUGUGGGAAAUGUUUCAGUCAGAAUUCCAACCUGGUGAUACACCAGAGGACUCACACAGGAGAGAAACCAUUUGAAUGUCCUGAUUGUGGGAAAAGUUUCAGUGUCAAUUCCAGUCUGGUGAUACACCAGAGGACUCACACAGGAGAGAAACCCUUUGAAUGUCCUGAUUGUGGGAAAAGUUUCAUUCAUAGUACCUACCUGGUGAUACACCAGAGGACUCACACAGGAGAGAAGCCCUUUGAAUGUCCUGAUUGUGGGAAAAGUUUCAAUCAGAAUUCCCACCUGGUGAUACACCAGAGGACUCACACAGGAGAGAAACCCUUUGAAUGUCCUGAUUGUGGAAAACAUUUCAGUCAUAAUUCCAGUCUGGGGAUACACCAAAGGACUCACACAGGAGAGAAAUCAUAUGAGUGUCCUGAUUGUGGGAAAAGUUUCAGUCAUAACUCCAACCUGGUAAAACACCAGAGGACUCACACAAGAGAAAAACCGUUUGAAUGUCCUGACUGUGGGGAAAGUUUCAGUCAGAAUUAUGACCUGGUGAACCAUCAGAGGACUCACAAAGGAGAGAAACCAUACGAGUGCCCUGAUUGUGGUAAAAGGUUCAAUUACCAUUUUAACUUGGUGAAUCAUCAAAGAACUCACACCGGCGAGAAACCAUACGAGUGUCCACAUUGUGGGAAAAGUUUCAGUUACCAUUGUAACCUGGUAAUACACCAGAGGACUCACACAGGAGAGAAACCGUACGAGUGUCCAGAAUGUGGGAAAAGUUUCAGUCAGAAUUCCAACCUUGUGAUACACCAGAGGACUCACACAGGAGAGAAACCCUUUGAAUGUCCUGAUUGUGGGAAACAUUUCAGUCAGAAUUCCCAAUUGGUGAUACACCAGAGGACUCACACAGGAGAGAAACCUUUUGAAUGUCCAGAUUGUGGCAAAAGUUUCAGGAAGAAUUCUGACCUGGUGAACCACCAGAGGACUCACACAGGAGAGAAACCGUAUGAGUGUCCAGUUUGUGGGAAAAGUUUCAUUGCAAAUUCCCACUUGGUGAAACACCAGAGGACUCACACAGGAGAGAAACCUUAUGAGUGUCCACAGUGUGGGAAAAGUUUCAGUCAGAAUUCCAACCUGGUGAACCACCAGAGGACUCAUACAGGAGAGAAACCCUUUAAAUGUCCUGAUUGUGGGAAAAGUUUCAGUUACCGUUCUAACCUUGUGAUACACCAGAGGACUCACACAGGAGAGAAACCCUUUGAAUGUACUGAUUGUGGGAAACGUUUCAGCCUGAAUUCCAGCCUGAUAAUACAUCGGAGGACUCACACCGGAGAGAAACCCUUUGAAUGUCCUGAUUGUGGGAAACGUUUCAGUCAGAAUUCUCACCUGGUGAUACACCAGAGGUCUCACACAGGAGAGAAACCCUUUGAAUGUCCUGAAUGUGGGAAAAGUUUCAGUCAGAAUUCACACUUGGUAAUACACCAGAGGACUCACACAGGAGAGAAACCGUAUGAGUGUCCAAAGUGCCGGAAAAGUUUCAGUUAUGCUUCUGUGCUUGUGAAACACCAGAGGACACACACAGGAGAGAAACCAUAA